AUGGACCAGGUCCCCAGGAAGUGGGGACCUGGAUUAAAAGCAAACGAGGACAACGUCUCCGUGACAGAACUAUCUCGGACCUUCAAGAGUGGAGGUCGACGCGCGGUUCAGCUUGGUUGGUUCACGUUGGUUACUCAGUGGUUUCCUAACGGGUUCCUGGUUUCCCUUCGAUCCUACGGUCGUUUGUUGGCUACAAAGUCGAAAGUCGCCACCAGGACUGGAAGAUUUGGAAGACCUACGAAGACGAUGGCGGCGAAAGGAGCGAUUUGCCUGCUCCUGCUGGCAUUGACCUUGAGAGGCUCGCAGUGCAGCACAAGAUACUUCGCAAAGGCAAAGGCAGACACGUCCGAGCUGUUCAAGACGAAGGGGGAAAGCUUUAGGGUACUCGACGAACCAAUCGCGGCUACACCAAGUCCAUUACAUCGUGAAGCAAAGUUUGCCUUUCAGAACAAUAACCAAAGGAUGAUCAAGGACUUCCCGAGAAGCGAGGACGAUUCGAAGAACGGGUUCGAAACGUCCACGUUCAAUCCAGACGUGCUGAACAAGUUUCUGGAGGAAUAUGCGAAUAAGAUUAAGAGCAGCACGGAAAAGUAUCAAAGAUAUCCGUUCAGGAUCAUCAAGCCUACAGAAGCUCUAGCUCUUGAGGUGGAAGAUCAGACUAGCACUCAGUCGACUAGUGUUAAUUAUGAUGAGAAUACCAAAUACGAAGAGGAUACGAUUAAUUCUACGUCCACUGAAGAUGGGUUAAGUUCAACAUUAAACGACACUCUGAAGAGAAAUAAAUAUUAUGGGGCAAAUUCGUACGAAGAUAGAAACGGCUGGGUUACUUUGGAGGCAAUACCAUGGUCUAAGAGCAAAAUUUCUAAAUGGCAAGCGACUCCAAAUACCCAACGUCCAUGGCUGGAAAUGAAACCAUGGGACAAACCGAGCAUUGGAAAACCUUGGGCCGCAGAUUACUCUGUCAGACCAAUCUACGAGAACAAUAAGCCAUGGUAUAUGGAUAAACCAAAACCAACCUGGCCAGAGAACACAAACGAGAAACCAUGGCAGAAGCCCACAGUUCGUCCUGCUUACUACACAGAAAAACCUGAAGAGACUCAGGCUCAAAAGUGGCCUCCGGAAAGACCAUCUUGGAACAAAUACUCAGAUCGUCCCAACAGCGACAUAAUCACCGACAAUCGUCCAGCCAAUUUCCCAAAUACCUGGAACAGACCUCAACCAACAAAACCAAAUAGAUACACCGAUAAAAAUCAAGCAGAAGAGAACAACGACUGGCACAAUUUCCCGACGAGAUUCGACGAUCGUCUACGACCUUCUACAGAGAGACCAGGAUUUUCUCAGUAUCAGUACGUGGACAAUCAUCCACAAAGUUAUCCUGGAAACGGCGAUGGCCAAUGGGUACUACUGUCCACGAAUAGAGGCUACUCCAAGACCAGGCAAAGGUCGAUGAAGAUAGAUACGAUAGGUCAAGUAGAAAACGUGACUAAGAGCGUGGGUAGGAAAGAGGAACCUGAUCCAGCAAUCGCCGUGAUGACAUCGAAAAGACAGGUCAGGUUGACGGUGUUACCGUCGAUCAACGGCACAAACACGACAACAUCACACGGAGGUCUUCUGGAAGUGGAGAAAACCUUCAAGAGCGUAGACCAGAGCCGAAAGGAAUACGAAAUGGAGAAACAAACGUUACCAACAAUUCUGAAGAAAAGACCCAUCAGGAAUACGUUAGGAAACCAAGCAUCUAGCUCUGCUGUCUUAGCUGCUGUCGGUGCUGGGAUAUUACCGGCAACAAUGGCGAUGAUGAUACCAAUGUUUCUCGGCCGUCGAAAGAGGGACUUGAUGACUUCCGGAUUGAGACUCCUCGAUCAAGAUGGCUCAGUGACGAGUAUUCGUGAUCUCAAUCCCACGAGCCAGCGCCGAGUCCGUGAAACAAGACUACGAUAGAGAAACUAAUCUAGGGAAAUGAAGUCUCUAAUAAUUCGUGGGAAUAGAGAAAACAAUAACGGGUGCAAAUUAAAGAAUUUAGAAAGAGAAAGAAUUUAGAGAAAGACAAAGAAAAAUAGGAUGAACUUCUGGUAGAAAAUAUAAGGAAUAAAAUAAGAAAUAUAAAAAAUAAGGUAAAAUAAAAUAAAAUAAAAUAUAAGAAAUUAAAUUAACAUGUUAGAUUUUAAAAAGGAAGAUUGA